AAUAAAAUUAUAUAAAUUCUAUGGCAUAUUUUUCAUAUAAGAGUUACAUUCCAAGUGACCAUGACACUUAUAAGCCAAAAGAGUUCACAGAACUUGAGUUAGACUCUCUGAAAAUAUCACAUGGAGAAAGAGAUAGUUGCAAAAACUACCUUGCUGAGCAUAAACAGUGAAUGAUUACCAUACAUCAGACAACUAAAGGUCUUUUUAAAGUGAAUACUUUGAAAAAGAAGCAGAAGAGUCACUGUGGAUACUAUCUAGAUCAUUGGUUUUAUUGCAGGGAACUCAUGUUCACUAACGCUGGUUUAACUACAAAACGUCUUAUGUAAA